AUGGCAGAAUCCCACCUGCAAUCGCCCCUCAUCUCAGCCUCACAGUUUUUCGAGAUCUGGCUUCAUUUCGACGCUGAUGGAAGUGGUUACCUGGAAGGAAAGGAACUCCAAAGCCUGAUCCAAGAGCUCCAGCAGGCACGGAAGAAGGCUGGACUGGAGUUGUCACCUGAAAUGAAGACUUUUGUGGAUCAAUAUGGGCAGAGAGAUGAUGCAAAAAUAGGAAUUGUAGAGUUGGCUCACGUAUUACCCACAGAAGAAAACUUCCUACUGCUCUUCCGAUGCCAGCAGCUGAAGUCCUGCGAAGAAUUCAUGAAGACAUGGAGAAAAUAUGAUACUGAUCACAGUGGCUUCAUAGAAACUGAGGAGCUUAAGAACUUUCUAAAGGACUUGCUAGAAAAAGCAAACAAGACUGUUGAUGAUACAAAAUUAGCUGAGUAUACAGAUCUAAUGCUGAAAUUAUUUGAUUCAAAUAAUGAUGGGAAACUGGAAUUAACUGAGAUGGCCAGGUUACUACCAGUACAGGAGAAUUUUCUUCUUAAAUUUCAGGGAAUCAAAAUGUGUGGAAAAGAGUUCAAUAAGGCUUUUGAACUAUAUGACCAGGACGGAAAUGGAUACAUAGAUGAAAAUGAACUGGAUGCUUUGCUGAAAGAUCUGUGUGAGAAGAACAAGCAGGAACUAGAUAUUAAUAAUAUUCCAACAUACAAGAAGAGCAUAAUGGCUUUGUCGGAUGGAGGGAAGCUGUACCGAACAGAUCUCGCUCUUAUUCUCAGUGCUGGUGACAACUAGCUGGUGACCACAACCACUUAACUAGUGAUACAUUUUAUCUAAAAAAUAACUGUGCACUAUAAAGGAGUAGGCUGUAUUUUCUUUUAUAUCUGUAAAUUUAACUGCAUAUAGAUAAUUAUCCAGGAUGUGUGGCUCUUUCUUUUCAGCUUGUUUCUAUACUGUUUGUAAUGUACAGUUUUUGUAACUAUAUGAUUGAUACAGAGAAUGUUUAUGCUUAGGCCAGUCAAUGUACCCAA